CGUCCACUGACAAUGCCGGAAUGCCGACUGGGCGACCCCGCAUUGUCGGGGUUCGUUCGGCGGAUAUGAAAUUGGGACGCGCCGAUAGGUCAGAGCUAACAGUGCCGUCAUGGCAGCUUCUUUCCACGCAAUCCUCUCUCCCCCCUUCCAACCUCUUAUGAAGAAGGUCUAGAUGAAGCACAGUCUCUUUUGAUCAUCUUGGACCAGUAUACCAAGUCAAUUGCCUGUCGCUAUCCUCUCUUGUAUCUGUAUAAUCAAUAUUGAGAGAUGGCUUCUGCAACGGGAAUCCCCCAGCGCAUCCCCGACGCUGACACUGGCGCGGCGGAAACAGAGCCCCUCCUUGGACGGGCUGGCGAUGCAGCGCAGAAACAAGGUGCCCCUCUGAUCAGCAAUCUUUGGCUAGGAACUGGCUGGAUCGCCCAAGCCGGCGCCCUCCUCCUCCUAGCCGUCGUCUGGGCCGGCGUCUUCCUCAACCCCCUCCUCCCGCUCGUCUCGCCGCACCCGCUCCUCCAGUCCCUCGGCGUCUUCACCAUCACGCAGGCCAUCCUGAUCCUCCAGCCGACGCGCACCGCCGAGGGCAAGCUGGUCGGCGCCCGCGCCCACGCGGCCCUCAACCUCGUCUCCUUCCUGCUCCUCGCCUCGGGCAUCGCCGUGAUCGAGACCAACAAGGGCACCGACCGGGCCGCGCACUUCCACAGCCCGCACGCCUACCUCGGCGUCGUCACGGGCGCCCUACUGCUGCUGCAGUACCUCUUCGGCUUCCUCAUUUGGGCCGUGCCGGCCGUGCUCGGCGGCGACGCCGCAGCCAGGUCGCUGUGGCGGUACCACCGCUGGUCCGGCUACGCCGUCUACCUGCUCCUGCUGGCUACCGUCGCCACCGCCACCCGGACCCCCUACAGCGAGAACGUGCUGGGCAUCAAGCUGUGGAGCGUCCUCGUCGCGUCGGCGCUGGUCGUCGUCGGCGUUUUCCCUCGCAUCUCCGUCACGAAGCUGGGUUUGCGCCGCUCCCAGUGAUCGUCCUUUAGCCGAUGUUUGGGUUGGGGGGAAUACGGUGACGACUGAUGUCAAACUUUCGGUGCCCUGUUUGCCAAAUAUAUGAUUGUUGUUGAAUUGAGGCGAGAGGGGGCAGUCUCGAUAGCAAAUCCUGAAGCAUUGUGAGGGGGUCCGGCGUUGCAGGAUUAUGGUCAAUGUCUUUGUGUGUUUCGAUAACCUUCAUUCU